GGUCAGCUGUGUUUUGACGCGUUGCCUCCCCGCAGCUUCCGACGUCUGUCUCCAGCUCCACAUGUUAUAGGUAAACUGCGCUCCUUCAGGGAGGAGGACAGCGUCCGGUAAACACUCUCCUGCGACUCCACAGGGGCAACAGGUGUUCUGCCGACACAAGCAGGGUGUCCUGUCCAGCAGUCCUCUUGCUCACCUCCACCUAUCACUCAGCUAUGUCGGGCGACAUUCUGCAGCGGUUCAGCACUUUGCCCGUAAGCAUCAAACACCUUAGCCGCCUGCCCAAGUUCUCUGACCUCAUCCCUUCCUCCAUUCCAUCACCCAGCCCCACCGUUGCCGCCUCCCAGGUCCCCAGCCUGUUCCGAGAGCCCUACAUACUUACGGGCUACCGUCCCGUCCAGCAGGACUGGCGCUGCUACCUCUUCAGCCUCUUCCAAAGACACAAUGAAUCCCUGAACGUGUGGACUCAUUUGUUGACUGGUCCUGUGCUGCUGCUCCGCUGGUGGGCCAACGUAGGUGCCCUGGGGUACACCUUGGACACAGCCUCUCUACCUCUAAGCAUCUUCCUGGUAUCUGCUCUGACCUAUCUGUUCUUUAGUGUGGCAGCUCACCUCUUGCAGUCUCACUCUGAACGUGCACACUACUUUUUCUUUUUCAUGGACUAUGUGGGUGUAGCUGUGUAUCAGUAUGGUUGCUCACUCGGACAUUAUUUCUACACGUCAGAGGCAGCAUGGAGAGAAAGCUGCAUCGGGCUGCUGUUUCUACCUGGAGCUGCCCUCUUUGGGUGGCUCUCCUGUGCGGGCUGCUGUUUCGCUAAGUCCAGGUACCGGCGGCCGUAUCCAUUGCAGCGUAAAAUCUGCCAGCUGAUUCCAACCACACUAGCGUACAUGUUGGACAUCAGCCCCGUAGUCCACCGCCUGUUCACCGUCUCCUGGGCACAGGAGCCCUCCCUGCCCUUCCACGCACUCCAGAUUGUUUUUUUCCUGCUGUCUGCCCUCUUCUUCUCCUGUCCCAUCCCUGAGCGCUUCUUCCCGGGCCACUGUGACUUUUUGGGUCAGGGUCACCAGAUCUUCCACCUGUUUCUGUCCCUGUGCACCGUGUUCCAGCUGGAGGCUCUGUUCCAGGACUAUGCUAGGCAGAGGGAUACAGUGGUGGAGGUAUUUGGAGAGAGGCAGCUGUGGUGGGCUUGUGUAUUCUUCCCCGCUCUGUUCCUGUGUUGCACCUUGACAGCACUCAUCACAAUGAGGCAUAUUAAAAGUAAGCUGCAGGGUAAACAAGAGAGAGACAAGUGACAAGUUUAAGUGUGUGUGUUUGUGUGUCUGUGUGUUUGUGAGAGAGAUAGAUAGAGAGAGAGAGAGAGAGAGAACAGGGUUGGGCUUAAAUGUACCAAAUUAUAUUAACAAUAUAAUAAAAUAAUAAUAAUAAUAAUACAUUUUAUUUAAAGGCGCCUCUCUGGGCACUCGAGGACACCGUACAACACUUAAAAAAUAAGAACAGUAAGAAAUAAGAAACAGAUAAGAAAAGACAAUGUAGAUAUUAAGUGGGGUAUGCAGUUCUGAAUAGGUGAGUUUUUAGUCUUGAUUUGAAGAGGGGGAGAGAGUCCAGGUUUCUGAGGUCCGGUGGGAGUGAGUUCGAGGGGGGGCGGAGCGGCUGAAAGGGAGGCGGGAGGGACAGAGAGGUGGACAGAGGAGGCAGAUCUGAGGGAACGGGAAGGGGUGGCGAUGUGGAGGAGUUCGGACAGAUAAGGAGGGGAAAGGUUGUGGAUGGCCUUGAACAUAAACAGGAGGAUUUUGAAGUCUAUGUGGAGUUUGACCGGGAGCCAGUGGAGUUGCUGCAGAACAGGGGUGAUGUGGUGGAUGGAGGGGGUUCUGGUGAUGAUUCGAGCUGCAGAGUUCUGAACCAGUUGAAGUUUAUGGAGGUAUUUGUGAGGUAGGCCAAAGAGAAGGGAGUUGCAGUAGUCCAUGCAGGAGGUGACAAGGCUGUGUACAAGAAUGGCAGUGGAGUGGGGAGAAAGGGAGGGGCGGAGCCGAUUAAUAUUGUGUAGGUGGAAAUAUGCCGACUGGGUGAUGUUAUUGAUAUGGGAUUGGAAAGAUAAUGUGCUGUCAAGGAUGACACCCAGACUCUUAACCUGGGGGGAGGAGGAGACAGAGGAGUGGUCGAUGGUGAGGGAAAAACUGUCAGCAGCAAAUAAGGCCGUCUUUAUAUGUUUUUGUUGAACAUAAAUCAGUUUGUCUAUUAAAAAUGUUGAUUACUUGAAGUAUUUUAACAAUAAAAAAAAAUGUGAAAGAG